AUGGAGUCGCCGGCUGUCCACGACGCUGACGGGCCCGCGGCUCUUGCGGCCAAUUCUCCCGAUGCCGCCGCUCCGUCCCCCCCUCCCACAAAACGGCGCCGCACUGCCCCCGUCCUGGCCGACUGUUGCCGUACCUGCCGAUUGCGCAAGGUCAAAUGCUCGGGCAACCCCGGCAAUGGUCCGUGUUCCAAUUGUGCCAGGCUCGAGCUCGGUUGCAACUUUGCCAGCGUCAACCAUGUUGAAGAAACCACAGUAUCGCGCACGACGCCCUCGCACAGCCACACCGAGGCCGGCACCCUGAGGAAGAGGGCCCAGAGAGCAUGCAGCCAGUGCCAUUCUCACAAGACCAAGUGCUCCGGCGACUUGCCCCGAUGCAAGAGAUGCGAGGCCGCCAAUCUCCCCUGCGAGUACACGCCCGCCAAGCGCAGGUUCACCAAUGUCCGUUUCCAGGGCUCCAACAAGUCCGUCGACACUCAGCCUCCCGCCCCGGGGUCUGCUGCCCAGUCAGACGGCAUCAUCAGCCCGACCCUCAGCAGCAGCAGCGGCGGCGGCGGCCCCGGCUCCGUCACCCUCUUUACCGAGGCAUCCAAUCUCAAUGCCGAGGACAUUCUGGCUCGCAAGCAUCUCAUCUUGCGGCACAUGGAUGCCUAUAUGGACAACGUGUAUUGGCUGCCAUCUCAAGGCUUCGUUCAUCCCGACUCCACCUACCGGGAAAUUCAUGAAGGGACUCUCGAUCCCGUUCACGCUGCCGGCAUCUGCGCCGUCGCCAGCUCGUUCGUCAAUCCAACCGAGACGGGGCGCGAGUUUGCUCAAAGAUGCAGUACUCAGAUCGAGCUAUACCUCUUCCAGAACGUCUACAAGUUCUCCGACGACCUUCUCAUCCUCUUUGCCUUGAACAUCACCUUCAACGUCCUCCAAGGCUCCUUUGCCAAAGUCUGGCAAUGCUUUGGUAUCGCCUCGAGGCUGAUGCUAGGCCUUCGCAUCAACUGGCACGUCCUCCCCCGCGGCCGCUCUUUCAUCCAACAAGAAUCCCUCCGCCGCAUUGGCUGGCACUUCUUCCACAUGGACCGUAUGCUGGCCGGGGGCUACGACGAGUACAUUUGCUGUCGAGCGGAAAACAUGAGGAUACCCCUGCCCUGCGACGAGGCCGCCUAUCGCGAGAACCGGCCCGUGGUGGCGGAAAGACUGUACGAUAAGCCGGGCAAGCCGCCCAGCUCCAUCAACUUGCACGCCUUUCAAAUACGCCUUAUCGAUAUCAGGCAUCGUAUUCAAGUCAUCACAAAGCGACUGUGCUCGGCUUCGGGCACAAACCUGCAACACGUGGAUGCGUCCAAAAUCAUGGCCGAUAUCAACGGGCUGCAGAACGAGCUCACUCGGUUCCACUCGUCCCUCCCGUCCGAAGUUCGCCUUUGCGACCAGAGCAUCUCGCGCUUCAUGGCAUCGCCCGAACGCCCCGGUUACGUCUUCCUCCACUGUCACCUCGCCGGCUGCCACAUCGACUUGUACCGGUUUUUCCUGCCGGGCCAGAAAGAGAAGAUCCCCCUCGAAAUCCUCCGGAAACUGCCUCGCGAGUUUCUGGCCCGGUCGCAGAAGCAAGCAGUGGCCCACUCCAUGUCGUUUGCGCGCUUUUGCGACGCCAUCCAGAACGAGGUGGCCCAGAUGAGGGACACGGGCAAGCAGGAGCUGGCGGCGGAUUACUCGACCAUUCAGGUGGGCACGGCCUGCGUUCGGGUUCUGUUGGUCGCCAUCCAGCACCAGCUCUUCCGUGACAUCAGCCAGGAGACGACGGCGCCGCUGUGGCGGCUGGGCAAAAUUGACGAGGCCCAUUUGCGUUUCCUCAUCAAGUCGGUACAGCGCGUCACCGAGCCCUGGUGCGGUUUGCUGAACAUGGCGCAACAAGCGUACGAUCAUAAUAAAACCUUGGUGGAGGAGUUUGACAAGAGUAAGAGGGUCGCAGACCAGAGAUGCGCGGAUAGAGCGUUCCGACCGAGGACGGAUGGCGACAACCGCCUCCCCGGAACCGACUCGCUCUCGGGCGCGGAUCGAUGGUUUCACACGCCGCAGAUGCCGACCGGCCCGGCGCUCCAGUAUCCGACCUCGCCAGCCAGCAGCUUUGGUAUCGAGCCGGGGACCCCUGGAAUCCCCCUCCUGCUUGCGCAAGCCAGAACGGCCUCCAUGGACCCCUCGGAAAUGGCAGCUAUGUACGACUCGGACAAUACGAUAAUGGGCCUGACCGACUUGACUGGCGCGCUGCCAGAUGGCAACCCGCUGAUGACGCCCAACGACGUGCCGUUGAUGCAGAUAAACGGCAGCAUAGAUCCCGCCAUGUAUCAGCAGGCACCGCCGGGACCGAGCCCGGGCUUCGCGCUGGCUCAGCAAGGCAUAUUCAUGGACGGGUACACAGGCCAAUUCGCCAACGGGCAUCGCGAGCCAAACAGCUUCGGCCAGCAAACGGGCUAUGGGUGA